AUGGCCGCUGAACAGAGAAAGCUGCUCCAGCAGCUCAUGGGCACUGCUCCUGGUAUGAGCACCAAGGGUCAUUCCACACUUUCAGUCUCGGAUCCUAAAGUCUGCCGUUCAUUCCUGGUGGGAACCUGCCCCCACGACCUGUUCACAAACACAAAGCAAGAUCUCGGCCCAUGCGCCAAAGUCCAUAACGAUGGAUUGAAGUCUGAGUACGAGGGCUCAACUCCCUCGCAGAAGGCAAAGUGGGGGUUUGAAUUUGAUUACGCUCGCGAUAUGGAGGGCUACAUUGGCGACUGUGAUCGCCGAAUCGAAACGGCGCAGCGCCGACUGGAGAAAACCCCAGAGGAGAUCAAACAAGCAAAUGACCUCCACAAACAAAUUUCGGACCUGUCCAAGACUAUUGACACACUCCUCCUUGAAGUGUCCAUCCUCGGCGAGACCGGCUCAGUCGCAACCUCGCUUACAGAGAUGCACAAAAUUCGCACUCUCAAGCUGCAAAAGGAAGCCUCCGAGCGCGAUCUCAAGAACUUGCAAGAUACAUCAGGACCUUCCGGCCACCAGAAACUGCAGGUUUGCGACGUUUGCGGUGCGUAUCUGAGCCGCCUCGAUAACGACCGUAGACUGGCCGAUCACUUCUUCGGCAAGAUGCACAUGGGUUAUUCGGAGAUGCGCAAGACUUUCAAGAAGCUUAGCUCCGAGCUGAAGGGUCGCCGCCCACCCUCUCGUCAAUUUGAGGAUGAUGAUCCGUACGCUGCAGGAAACCGUAAUCGACCUCCCCAAGCUAAUGAAUACCGAGCUGGAGGAUACGGAGGCUAUGGAGGAGGAGGCUACGGCGGAGGAGGCUAUGGUGGAGGUGGAGGCGGGUAUGGUCGAGGUGGACGAGGCGGCCGUCGCGGUGGACGAAGCCGGUAUUGA